AGCAUGUAACCGAUAAACACUAAGGAGCUGUUUGGUUGGGCUGUUUUCGGCCCGUAUCAGAUACCAGCGUGAAUUGAUUCCCUUACAUCUGUUUGUUUUAGAUGGACCGUAAUCGGUUAGCCCGCAAACGAAUCCCAGCCCAAUACAAAGUUGAUUACGCUCCAGAUCGGGCGUUACGCGUUACCGAUACGGAGGCGGAGCGGAGCGAACGUGACCUAGCCUUGAGCGCCGCCACCUUGCAGCGCACCGUCGCUGGCGCCGCUCCCCCUGCCCGGCGUGCGUCGUCGACACCGCUGCCCCCUGCCCCGACGCCGCUGCCCCUCCCCUCGCACGCUCCAUGACCGCCCGGAGAUUGCCCGCCUCGACAAGGCCGACAACCCACUGCUCUGCUACCUUCAGUCCCUCCUCCAUCUCCCUCGAGUUCCACAUCCCUGACGACUGGAUCUGCGAGAAGGACGAGGCUGUUGAGCAUCAAGAAGGCAUGGCAGAGAUCUUGAGGCACACGAAGAAGGCACCAGCCACCAAGGAGGUUCUUCUGUCGUUUCCGCCGUCGCCGGAAAAAUCUGGAAUAGUAGUUGAUGGUUCUUUCAUAUUUGUUUUCGAGUGUAGGUGAUAUAUUAUUUUGCAGAGUGUGAGAUUG